AUGGACCAGCAUCACUUCUGCUUCGGCUGCGGCAGAGUUCGAUCCAAGAUAUUCCAGAAAAAGGAAAAGAGACGAGCCGGAGAGCCUUUGCUACCCAAUUACUGCGGCAACUGUACUGAUGAAGUCCGGCGGCAAGAAGGCUUAUACGAGACUUCGGUUCUGGACAUGAGCACUCAAGAAGUGAAUGGAAAACCAAACCAAGCUUCCGACGAUGUUGUCUCCCCGAAAACAGACCGCUCGGGUGGCGAGGCUUCCAAAACCACGGCACACCUGCCGGACGUGGAAGUCGGCGUAGCAGCGUCCAAGUUGAAGAGAUUCCCCGAGCUUCGAGUCCAAACUACGGGGUCAAGCAGCGCGGCUUUUGUGCCAGUUAGCUCUGCCGAGUCGUCGCCGUUCUUCCCGGGCCGCAAGUUAGGCUCGGCCCAGCGUCGUGCUGAAAGAGCCGCCGUGUCGCAAGAGAGGGAAAGGAAUUCCGACGGCCCAUCGAGUGCUGCGGCAGAAUAUCAAGCACCAUAUGUUGAAGAGGAGAAUGCGCAAUCUUGCGAAGAAGAAGGGGUGUCGGGCUCAGUCACCAGUUGCAUGAGCGGCAGCCGCAGUCCGGGUGGUGAGACUGCCGCGACUGCCGCGACUGCCGCGACUGCUGCGACUGCUGCGACUGCUGCGACUGCUGCAUGGGAUGAAAAGCAUCUUGCAUCACAGGCAACUCUUCCGGGCGAGGAUGCGAUGCCUUCUGACGCAGAUACGCGUCAAGACACAUCACAUGCGGAGCGACGCACGCCCUCGAGAUGGGAGUUUGGGAACAAGACAUUGCUCGAAGAGACCCCCUUUGGUGCACCAGACGGUCAUCGCAGCCGGCAAAAAUCAUCCCCCCUCGCACGCAGCAAAACCUAUGAGCUGCCGUUGCCCGCAUCCCUCGAGGACAUGACCCUCAGAAACGGUCUCGCUGCCGCCAACGACUCCGCUUCGCUACCACAAUCCCAAGGUGCCUUUAGGCGCAAAACCUCCACGUUCAGUAUUUUCGACUACUGCAGCUUCGGGGAGAACCGGUGCCCGUCGCCGAGGUUCACUCCCCCGAGCUGCCACGGCUCUCCGGUCGACAGCCACAAUCUGCACUACAGCAGCAGCAGCAGCAGCCAUUCCGACGCCGGUCAAGCUCCCCUAGGAAUGCCGUCGGCCUCGUCGGACUCGAACCUCGGCAACCAAACCACAACAGGCUGCUUUGGCAGGGCUCCAGCGGACGGCGCAUACCCACGCUCCGUGUUCACCGACUACUCCUGUUCCACAAGCAACCCGUACUACAAGCCCAGACAACGCGGCAGCCUUCACGGGCGCAGCGCCGGGUCGUUUUACAACCCGUGGGACUGCAAAAGCAGCGCAGACACGCUCGACGGUUCCAAGAGGCACCCCGCCGCCGCGAGAUUCGACGACGAGCGUGUUCCGGAACCGAUCGUCGAGGAGCCAGCCUCGCCUCCCUCAUCCCCCAGGCAACGCAGAUUGCUCCUUGAGUUUGACCACCCUUGUCGCCAAGACGGGCGAUGA